AUGCUUGGCCGGGAGGCAUCCCAGCCGGUGGUGCAGAUGCUGCGGAACCUGGAUCGCAACAGUGACGGCUUGGUCGACCAGCAGGAGCUGGAGAGCUUCUCUGCAACGCAUGGCCUGGACCGAGUCAGCCCCCAGGAGUUUGCAAAGCUGGAUUUGGACGGCGACGGUGCGCUCAGUGGACAGGAAUUGAGCCAAACUGUGGCGGAGUCCAACUCCGUGGGUCGUCAGCAGCUGCUCCCACAGCGGCAGCCGCCUGUGCAGCUCUCACCAGAAGGCCUGGACGAGCAGUUCCGCGCCGACUCCCUGGCGACCACGCCCCCAUUCUCCAUGACGCAGCUCUCCGCGAGAAAUGCCGAGCUCAACGUCGCGUCUACUGCGGCGGAUUCGGUAGUGAAGGAGCUCAUCGUGCAAAACGAAGCAGAGGAGCAGGCCCAGGCCUUCAGCCGUCGCGCGAUCGAGCUGCGGGCGAAUGCCACAGCGUUAGCGAAGGUCUCCUCUCAGCGCGCUCUCCGCGCUGGCAUGACGGCCGGCGAGGUCAAGGCACGGGAGCUGCUCCAGCAGGUCGAUGCAGUGGAGCAGCGUGCCGCGGAGGUGGGGAUGUACGCCAGUAGCACAACUGAAGUUGGCACAAGGCUUAGCGCAACGGAAGCUGUGUGCGAGGAGCUGGCAAAGCGAGAUUGUGCCUGUCACCAGCUCGAGAGGCUUCGUCCCUCUCAGCAGUAUGAGAAAAGAGCCACCGGGUGA